AUGGCUGCGGCGGCGCCGCCGGGCCCCCCCCCGAUGCUGAACGGUCGCCCCGAUCUCAGGCUACCCACAAACAGCAACAGGUUCAAGGCCCAGGAACAAUCAAGAUCAACUAACCCCCUCCCCCCACCUCCCCCUUCCCAACAAGUAGCUCAUGGCGGAGGGGGGCAGGGGGCUGAUACUCCCCACCCCAAGGCCCGAGGGCAGCCGAGGUCCCCACCCCAACCCCAGGGCCUAAGCACAGACAAAAUGGCCACCUGCCUGCCCUCGGGCCCCCCCCAACAAUCUAAGGCUGCCGACUCCUCCCUCCCCGUGGCCCGAAUCAGCUCUCCGCUGCCCCCCUCCACCUCCAGGAGGCCCCCACCCCCCUCAGUGCCCCCCACCCCCCUCAGCGCCCCCCCCUUCUGGGCCUACCUGCUAGUCUGCGGGACCCACACACCAGGCAGGCCACGGAGGCCCUGGGGGGGUAGGGGCCGGGGCCUCGAGGGGCCCAUCCACAGUGGGGGGAGGGAGGGGAUCGGGACCCGAAGGCUCAGGGACCGAUGGCCGGGAGGGCCCAAGGGUGCAACCGCCUCCUGCGGCUCCUCGAAAGCUUGCCAGGAGAGAGUACCACGAGGCUGGGAGGAAGUGGGGGAGAGGAAGGGACCAAGCAGCGCCCCGCCCCUUCCGGCUCCACCAGUCUGGAAAUUGCCUGGAGACGGGCGCUUCAGGGAAACCCCGUGUAGUCCAACCCCGUGGCCACAUCCCUCGCCUUCCCCGAGGGAAACUGCUCAGCCCUUGGGGGGGAAGCCCCGCGUAUUCCAACCACGUGGUCAUUACCCCCCCCACCCCACCCCC